UAGUACAUCCGAGUUCAUACAGGCGCACAGGGAACCAAUAAAUAGCCGCGUUUGUGUAAAAUUGACCGGAUUAAUAACUUGGCAAAUGUUGUUUUUUUAACGUAGAUAAUAAUAUUUUAUUUAACAAUGGGUAUAUUAGAAAAAAUAUCUGAGAUUGAAAAGGAAAUCGCAAGAACGCAAAAAAAUAAAGCAACGGAAUACCAUUUAGGGCUUUUGAAGGCAAAAUUAGCGAAAUAUAGAUCACAACUACUAGAGCCUGCAAAGAAGUCGGAGAAGGGAGAAGGUUUUGAUGUAUUGAAAUCGGGCGAUGCAAGAGUAGCAUUAAUCGGCUUUCCAUCUGUGGGAAAAUCUACGUUAUUAAGUACAUUAACGCAUACGGAGUCUGAAGCUGCAUCGUACGAAUUUACUACUUUAACUUGUAUUCCUGGAGUUAUAGAAUAUAAAGGUGCAAAUAUCCAAUUGCUCGAUUUACCAGGUAUAAUUGAGGGAGCUGCACAGGGUAAAGGAAGAGGUAGACAAGUUAUAGCUGUCGCUAGAACGGCGGAUUUAGUAUUAAUGAUGCUGGACGCGACAAAACAAGACGUACAACGACAACUUUUAGAAAAAGAAUUGGAAUCUGUUGGCAUACGACUUAAUAAGAAAAAACCUAAUAUAUAUUUCAAGAUUAAAAAGGGAGGUGGAUUGGCUUUUAAUUCGACGUGUCCAUUGACCAAAGUCGAUGAAAAAUUAGUUCAAAUGAUAUUACAUGAAUAUAAAAUUUUUAACGCGGAAGUAUUAUUUCGGGAGGACUGUAGCGCGGAUGAAUUGAUUGAUGUUAUUAAUGCAAAUAGAGUAUAUCUACCGUGUCUUUAUGUAUAUAAUAAAAUAGAUCAAAUAUCGAUAGAAGAGGUAGAUAGGAUCGCAAGACAACCGAACAGUGUCGUAGUAAGUUGUAAUAUGAAGUUAAAUCUUGAUUUCUUACUGGAAACCCUUUGGGAAUAUUUAUCUCUCAUAAGAGUAUACACAAAGAAACCAGGCCAGCCGCCUGAUUUUGAUGACGGACUGAUACUGAGAAAAGGCGUCACGGUAGAACACGUUUGUCAUUCUAUUCAUCGUACGCUCGCUCAACAAUUCAAAUAUGCUCUCGUUUGGGGUACAAGUACUAAGUAUUCACCCCAAAGGGUAGGAUUGCAACAUAUUAUGCACGACGAAGAUGUUAUACAAAUUGUUAAAAAGUAAAUUUAAAUUAGAGUACUAUUAAAAGAAAAGAAGAAAA